AUGGAGAGUGGAUGCACGCAUCUCAGCAUUGUCACAUCAAUACUCUCUGAAGAUGAAGAAGGCGCGCUCUGUUUCUUUGCUGUGGGCGGCAGCAGUGCUGGUGGUGGCCGUGCUUCUAGCGGCAGCGCGGCGGCGGAUGCGGUGACAUGCAACCCGUUGGAGCUGAGUCCGUGCAUAGGAGCUAUAACAUCGUCGCAGCCGCCGUCUAGGACAUGCUGCGACAAGGUGAGGGAGCAGAGGCCCUGCCUCUGCGGCUACCUCAAGGACCCCAACCUCCGCCAGUACGUCAACUCCCCCAACGCCCGCAGGGUGGCCACCACCUGCGGUGUUCCCAUACCCACUUGCUAG